AAGACCCCAACUAGUGAACGAAGAGGAGAAAGGAAAAAAAAGAAGAUACUUACAGGUUUCGAAUUCGCCUCCAUCCCUCAUCGAGCCGGUUCCCUGGUGGUGGUGGCGACAAUAUCCGGCGAUUAGAAUUGGUGGUGGUGGCAACUUUCCACAAUUGCUAGAAGGGUAGUAAGCUUAGAAUCAAAUGUACGGCGAUGGAGUCACCGAUGAUGUGGAUAGAACUGCAUUCCGAAGAGCCGAGAAGAAAUAUAAGCUCUACUAUGAUCAGAACUCUAGAAAGAAGAAGCAACCUAGAUCAGUAGAUUUAACUGAGGUGGUGGAUUUCAAGUCAAUCUUGGAUACUUUCAAUCAAUCCGGUGAAACACCAAAUGGUGUUCAUGUAAUUAAGGGGGACUUUGAUUGUCCUGUUAUCCGCCUUGUCAAUCGCCCAGGCUUUUACUUUAUUCCUGGAGCAUUGACCGUGGAGCAGCAGUGUCAAUGGAUAAGGGAAAGCUUGAUGAGCUUCCCACAACCUCCGAAUCGGACAAACCAUAAUGCACAUUAUGGUCCUAUACAAGAUUUGUUCGCUGCAGCUGGAGAAGAGAAAAUUCUAGUUGAAGAUGAACAUUCACCCAAAGAAUCAGAGUCAUUGAGCAACGGGCAUCCUCGGAGAUGGAAAUUUUGCGAUAAGAAGGGAAAUGUUUCCUUGAAGGGAUACGGUGGCAAUUCAAUUUUGGCAUCGGUGCUUCUACGGAAGUUGCGGUGGAGUACACUUGGGUUGCAGUUUGAGUGGUCAAAGCGUAACUAUGAUGUUUCACUACCACAUAACAAAAUUCCGGAUGAACUUUGCCAACUGGUUAAGAGGUUGGCUAUGCCUGCUAUGCCAGCAGGGGAUGAUUUCAAGCCUGAAGCUGCUAUAGUCAAUUACUUUGCAUCAGGUGAUACCCUUGGCGGUCACCUUGAUGACAUGGAAUUAGACUGGAGUAAACCUAUAGUAAGCAUGAGUUUGGGUUGUAAAGCAAUAUUUCUUCUUGGAGGAAAGUCUAGAGAUGACGAACCCUUGGCCAUGUUUCUACGUAGUGGGGAUGUUGUACUGAUGGCGGGAGAAGCUAGGGAGUGCUUUCAUGGGGUACCCCGCAUCUUCACUGACAGUGAACACUCAGAAAUUGCAUCGUUGGAGAAGCACCUCUCAACCGAAUAUGACCGUUGUUUCUUGGAUUACAUCACGUCUUCAAGAAUCAACAUCAAUAUCAGACAAGUCUUUUAAGUUUUAUCCAUCGUCCAUAUAUUUUACUUCACUGUUUGAGCAAUCAUGAACGCCACCAAGAGAGACUGAUAUACAGCAAAAUCCUUUCUGAACUGAAGGUUGCGAAUUUGCCUGACGAUGCAUGAAGAAUGUAGAUAAAACAAACUCGCUCUUCGAUCUGCAUAAGAACUUCCCGAAGAAUGUAGUAGCGUCCGCAACUCUGUAAGCUUCAAUGUAGUAAGUAGUAAAGGGUUCGGUAUUGAUCAAAGGCAAAGUGAACAGGAUACCCUCCAGUAAUUGGAAGUUAUGUAAUACAGUUUAUCUUCUUUUAUUCUGGAAUUUCCUCCUCUAACUGGACAGAAUACGGUGCAUUCAAAGAGCUUGGACGUCGACUCGUUGAUAUUAACAUCUAGCAGUAGUAAGAUUAGCAACACAAUUGUUCGAAUUUGUGUUUUUUUUGGUUUUUUGGUAAUCUCAGAGUUGAUUCGGUGUAAACAGGAUAAUGGCUUUUGUUUAGUAAUGGGAUACUGAUCAAUUUUGAGAGUAUAAUUAUCUGUUUCAUAUUUUCA